GAUUGAGCGCGGAAAAAAUAAAGUGCGACGCCCAAGCCGAGCAGCUGGAGUGAAAAUGGCCGGGCAGGAAGAUCCAGUGCAGAGAGAAAUCCACCAGGACUGGGCGAACCGCGAGUACAUCGAAGUGAUUACGAGCAGCAUUAAGAAAAUAGCCGACUUCCUCAACUCGUUCGAUAUGUCCUGCAGGUCUCGUUUAGCCACACUGAACGAGAAGCUGACCGCCCUGGAGAGAAGGAUCGAGUAUAUCGAGGCCAGGGUUACAAAGGGGGAAACGCUGACCUAACCUUUCUGACGCAGAAGACGAGACAAAAUGGCCACACACCGUUUAAUAUUACCAUUAUUUUGUUCCUUUCACGUUUUUAUUCACCUUAAAUUACCAAGCGACUGUUUUCCGACCAGCCUCUUAAAGCCCCCGUGAGGAACUGCUCGCCCCGAUUUUAGGUUUUAGAAAAGGAACUUUUGAACAGAUUGAAUGGUAAAAAAAGGGGUUAAACCCAGCUGUAUAGCAGUUCCUCACUGCGGCUUUAUCAUUUGGGACCAUGAUGAUUCACGUGUGACCAUUUGAAUUACAUUUUCUGCCUCAGUAUGAACAGAUGUACUUUUUUUUCCUUUUUUCUCUUUUCUCUAUCCUUACUUGGCUUGUUACUGUCUAUGUGGUGCUUGCACAUACGUCUGGUCCUUUAUCGUGUCCUCAUUCCAUUUGAGCAGAUAUUAAUAACUGGGGAAAUUCAGACACUAAAUAUGAUGUACUGGAUGCAAUGAGUGUGAUGUGAUGUUAUGGGGGAGGACCCGUGCAGUAAUGGUUAAUUUUUUAAAAAACGAAAAUGUAAUUAGUUUACUCUCUGCCCUGUGUGUAUGUAUGUGUGUGUGUGUGUGUGUGUGUGUGUGUGUGUGUGUGUGUGUGUGUGUGCGUGCGAGAGAGACCAGUUUUCUGUAUAUAUUUUGUAACUGUUGGAAUGCAAACGCCAGCGUUGGCAGAAACUCACAUGCCCUGUGAGUUUCUCAUGCAAUAGCACAUCUUUCACACGGCGGGGGCGAGUGUCUGGGGAGAGACGUCUGACCAUUUUGACCCACGUGACAAUCUAGCCUGCGCGGGAGUGAUGACGCCUCUCUACAGCCCAUUUUGUGUUUUAACGCUCAUACUUUGAUGUAUUGUGGUUACAAAAAAAAAUAAAUUAAAUAACAUGA